AUGGUGCAUGUUUUUUCAGCCUCCAAUGUUUUUAAGUUUGUGUUUAUAAUCUUGGCGUCAAUUGAACAAACCGCUGUCGUAAAAUCCAACCCGUUAUGCCCUUCGGAGUAUCCAAAGUUUGGAGUACCGAUUUACAAAGGAGAUAUAGACAUGUUGCAGUUUGCCGAGAAUCUAGAGCAUUUGGAAGCAGAUUUCUUCCUAUGGAGUUCACUCGGUUAUGGACUCGACAAAAUUGCACCCGAGUUGGUCAUGGGGGGCCCACCCCCUAUCGGUGCUCAGAAAGCAAAUCUCGAUUUCCUCACAGAAAAUAUCAUUCGAGAAUUCGCCUUUCAAGAAGUUGGCCACCUUAGAGCGCUUAAAACAACGGUGGGUGGAUUUCCUAGGCCUUUGCUGAAUCUAAGUGCCGAAAACUUUGCGAAUAUAUUCAAUGAAGCGUUUGGUUACGAAUUAGUACCGCCUUUCGACCCAUACCGUAACAGCUUAAGCUACAUGUUGGCUUCUUAUGUGGUUCCGUAUGUAGGAUUAGUCGGCUAUGUGGGCACUAAUCCUAAAUUGAUUGGCUACGUUUCCAAACGGCUAUUGGUAGGAUUAAUGGGAGUGGAAGCAGGGCAAGAUGCAGUUAUAAGAGAGUACCUAUAUGAACGGGCGGCAAAGGUGGUGCACCCGUACAAUCACACGGUGGCGGAGUUCACAAUCCGAAUAUCGGAAUUGAGAAACCGUUUGGCAAGAUGUGGAAUAAAGGAUGAAGGAAUUAUAGUACCUCCAUUUCUCGGGGCGGAGAAUCGGACCGUAAGCAACGUACUGUCAGCGGACUAUAACUCACUCUCGUACAGCAGAACUCCGCCGGAGAUACUAAGGAUUGUUUACGGCACCGGCAGCGAGUGUGUCCCCGGGGGAUUCUUUCCGAAGGGAGGAAAUGGAAGAAUAGCCCGACAAUUUCUCGAUAAGCCGUCAAAUUAAAAUAUUAUUAUUAUGGGUGUGCUAUGUGUGUGUUGCAUGUUUGAAUUUUAUUCCAGCAAUAAAUAAGAGGGUUAGUACUCCCACUGUACUUUUGGUUGUUUGAUGAUGUUCUACUACAAACAUGUUUGCCGGAAAUUUGUAUGCAGAUGAAAGUUGUGACCAAUAAAUCUAGUCAGAUUGUAAUGUAUAUAUAUUUCUCAUUCUAAUAAAAAUGUGUAACUUCAAAGAAAAUUAAUAAUUAAAAAGAGUUGACCUUAAUUUAAGGUUCAAUUAUUAUUUAUUUAUUUCCGAACUUAAGACUAGGUUGUCUACGUAUCCUCGUAUCGAAUUAAGGUCCACAUAGUUCUUACAAUGUAGCUUGCGAUGUCAUCAUCCCUCUUCGGAGGAUUGAAGGAUUGAGUAAUUUUUUAUCAAUAACACUUCGUCUUAAGAAUGUGAAAAUUUUUACGGACCUUUGUCCGUUGAAACUUACGAAAUCAAGUACAACUAUCCAAAUUGCCGAAAAAUCCCUUUUU